GGGGGCGGGUGCAUCAGCCAGGGCCAGAGUUACGACACGGACAGAGGACGAGUGUUCGUGAAAGUGAAUUCCAAGGCGGAGAAAUGAAUCCCACUUUCCAUGAAGUGGGGUAAUCUCACUCUGAAACACUGCUGUACUCUCAAGACCAGCCUUCAACUGUGUGUUCUACAGCGAUCAGCUACACGUCAUCGUGUACAUUAAUUUUACAGGAAUUUGGCAGCUGUCUGUCCUUGAAGGCCAAAAGAAUGUUUGAAGGGGAGAUGGCAAGCCUAACUGCCAUCCUAAGCACAGGCACGGUGAGGGUGCCCAAGCCCAUCAAGGUCCUGGACGCGCCCAGCGGCGGGAGCAUGCUGGUGAUGGAGCAUGUGGACAUGCGGUAUCUGAGCAGUUACGCUGCACAGCUCGGGGCCCAGCUGGCAGAUCUACACCUCGACAACAAGAAGCUUGGAGAGUCGCUCCUGAAGGAGGCCGGCACAGUGGGGAGAGGAGGCGGGCACACGGAACGGCCCUUCGUGGAGCGGUUUGGGUUUGACGUGGUGACAUGCUGCGGAUACCUUCCCCAGGUGAACGACUGGCAGCAGGACUGGGUCGAGUUCUACGCCCGGCAGCGCAUUCAGCCCCAGAUGGACAUGGUGGAGAAGGGGUCUGGGGACAGGGAGGCCCUGCAGCUGUGGUCCGCCCUGCAGCUGAAGAUCCCUGACCUGUUCCGGGGUCUGGAGAUCGUCCCAGCCUUACUCCACGGAGACCUCUGGGGAGGAAACGUCGCGGAAGACUCCUCUGGGCCUGUCGUCUUUGAUCCAGCUUCGUUCUAUGGCCACUCGGAGUAUGAGCUGGCGAUAGCCGGCAUGUUUGGGGGCUUCGGCAGCUCCUUUUACAGCGCCUACCACAGCAGGGUCCCCAAGGCCCCAGGGUUCGAGAAGCGCCUGCACCUGUAUCAGCUCUUCCACUACUUGAACCACUGGAACCAUUUUGGAUCGGGCUAUCGAGGCUCCUCCCUGAGCAUCAUGAGGAAACUUGUCACAUGAGCCGCCUUCCCCUGGAGGGGGCCUCUCUCUGGGGGGCGUCUGGGCCCUGAGUUCCGCCCAGAGAGCCCAUGGCCCUCCUGUCCCUCCACAGCCUCUUCACGUGGCUGGAGUAGCUUGAGACCAACGCAGUCCCUUAUUCCCAAGCCGUGUAAAGUACGUAACACGCCAGAGGAAAGGUUUUGUCGUCCUAAAGUUGUAAACUUUAUCAGACUUGUAGCCAGCGAGCGCUGCUCCAGGGAGGCAUGAACAGAGAGACCUGUGAGGUGUGGGUGGCGCUGGGCCUCGCAGGUGCCCCAGAGGUGGAGCAGCCGUGAGCCAUCUCAGGGGUGAGCAGGGUGUCACCAGUGUGCCCGGGCACUGUGCUCUGGGGACCACUUUCCGCCUCCUGCCCACUCUCGUGUGCAGGGACGACUCUGAGCUGUGCCCGGUGAUGCUGCCUGCUGGCUGAGACUCGCGUCUGGACGCGAAACCACCUUCCUGGAAGCUUCUGUAAUGACCAGUUCCAAACUGGAGCGCGUUCCCUCUGCUCUCCGCGUCACCUCUGGCCCCUGCCACGGGCUGAGCAGUCUGUGAACCAAUCCUGGAGGGACCAAGCUGACAGCUCGCGGUGUCCUGGGGGGAAUGUAGGAGCCUCGAUCGCUCCUGUUGCGACCCCACCUUGUGUGCUGUUUCCAGAGCUUGCUCCGCUGUCCUCCCUUUGCAGCCUACGAAUAAACUAGUGUCUCCUCCCUCAGUGUUGCAGCGAUGAGAGAGAUUCAUGAUGGCAUUGAGGCUAACAUGUCCUUUUGCAUAAAAAUUUGAAUAAACUUUGAGUGGUUUCAAUAA